UACGGAAUGCUUAUUCACACGUCGACAUUUUGUAAACCCUACACCAAUGCACUGUGGUCGAAUCCCGUCAGAGAGGGUCCUGAUUGAUGUAGUGCGACGUUGGGCUUGGGUCGCGUUGACACAGUCUUGUUAUAAUUUAUCAUUUCCAAUCCACUCUUGAGUGUCUUUAAGGAAACCUUGAACGCAUCACUUGUUAAAACAUUUCUGGUGAAAAUUAUUGUGUGUACAAAAAUGUUUCUAUCAAAGGGAUAUUUACUCACGAACGGUAUGACAAAGUUAUUGUCAUCAAACUUGGGACCUCUGAGAUUUUCGUCUGCUGUCACAUAUGCUCUUCAAAAACCAGUAGAAAAGCCGCCACAGCUUGAUAAGCUUUACAGCCAAAUCAAUAUGGAACUAAGAGGCAACGAGCAAGCAGUAUUGACAAGUUAUGGGCAAUUUGUAGGAAUGGCUGCUGCACAUUUAGGUAUCAAUUUAGUGAGAAACUAUGCUGUAAAAAAACCUGUGAAAGAACGCUGGACACUUCUCAAAUGUGUACACAUCUACAAAAAACAUCGAGUUCAGUACGAAACAAGAACAUAUUUCCGGCACAUAGACGUGAUCAAUCUUACCGGAUCAACAGCUGACACAUUUCUUGAAUAUCUCCAGAGAAAUUUACCUGAAGGAGUUGCCAUGAAAGUCACCAAGGUGGAAAUACAAAGGUUACCGGAAGCCGUGAAGGCGUCCAGCUCAUGAGUCCGAAAUUUAUUUUACGAUUUAGCAUUUUCCAAGAACUUAUGGAUUAACAUAACAACGUGAACUCGUUCAAUAAACUGUACAUACAAUAUAAA